ACCGGCUCUGUUGUUGAUGGUGCGUUAGCUCACGAGUGUGUAGCGUGGAAGAAGUGCAUUAAAUCCACAUGAAAUAGCUAUAAUAUAAAUAUUUAAACUAUAAAUAAGCAUGUCAGACAAAGGAGAGGUGGAUUUAACCGGGGCAAAACAGAACACGGGUGUAUGGCUGGUUAAAGUCCCAAAGUAUUUGUCACAACAAUGGACCAAAGCAUCAGGGAGAGGAGAAGUUGGAAAGCUCCGAAUAUCCAAGAAUCAAGGCAAAGCUGAGGUGUCUUUCACUCUCAAUGAGGAGCUGACCACCAUAGACACCAUUGGGGAGAAAUCCUCUGUGGUACGAGCCCCUAGAGAGCACCCAUUCACUCUGCAGACGGUCGGUGGACAGACUUUGGCUGUUUUUACUGAAAACUCUUCAGGGCAGUCAGAUGCUGAGGCUGGUGGCUCAGGUACAGGCCCAGAUAAAAUUGCACUGGAAGGAGUGGUGGUGCAGAGAGCUGAAUGCAGACCGGCCGUCAGUGAAAACUACAUGAAGCUGAAGAAACUGCAGAUCGAGGAGUUAUCUAAACCCCUCAGGUUCUCUCAACAGCUUGACAAAGCAGUUACCACCAACUAUAAACCUGUGGCUAAUCAUGCUUAUAAUCUGGACUAUGAAAAGAAGAAGAAAGAAGAAGGGAAGAGGGCACGAGCAGAUAAACAGCAGGUGCUGGACAUGCUGUUCUCUGCUUUUGAGAAGCAUCAGUUUUAUAACAUUAAGGAUCUGGUGGACAUCACAAAACAGCCUGUGAUUUAUUUGAAGGAGAUUCUUCGCGAUAUUGGCAUAUACAAUAUCAAAGGCACCCACAAAAACACCUGGGAACUCAAACCAGAGUACCGACACUACCAGAAUGAAGAGAAGAGUGACUGAUCAUUUUCAAAGCCUGUCACCAUUGGACUUGUGAGUGGCUAUGAAAACCUGAGAUGCAAACUUCCCCAAUAAGUCCAAAAUGUUGCUUCUGGAACAUUUUCUUCAAAGAUGAUUCAGUUGCUUUUAGAGGUGUAUCAAAACUCAGUGGCAUUUUACAGUGCUGAGCAGUUUUUAUUAUGCCUGUUAUAUUGAGGAAUUCCCAUGAAAAAAAAAAAAAAAAGUAAUAGUUGUUCAAGACUGCAUCUGAAGUUCAGUCAUCUGAAAUGAAAAUAACUUGUCGGCUUUUCAUCUUAAUGUUGUGUGUAAAAAGGGUGAUGCUGAAUUGUUUUUUUUGGGGGGUUUUUUUUUUUUUUUUAGAAAAGUAUUGAUGGAUUAAUGGUAAACCAUUGUUUUAUUCAGAUUUAGUUUUCUGAUUAAAACACUUAUUUUAUAUAGUAUUUCGUGCUCUUAAAUGCUUUUGAAAUAAAGUUUUUUUUUGUACAAAAAAAAAAAAUCUUUCAUGUUGUAUCUGCACACAAAGCAGGACUGGGGUUAAAUAAAUUAUUUAAUAUCAAAUACAUUUGAUUUGAUAAAAAUGACCAUUAUGUAACC